UAAGCCUGUUUCUGUCCCACAGGAUCUGCUGUGGCUUUCAUGAGCUACACCACAAUGGAGAAUCUACUGAAGGCCGACUUCUUCAACACAACUAAUGACACCAUUAAAACCAUGAUGUCCACUGUGAUCUCAGCUACUCUUCCCAAAACCAGCAACACUGCACUCACCAAAGCAGUCAACUUCACCUUCAGACACAUCAGAGAGUUUGACCCCAGCGGUUCUCUGUCCUGUGUGUACUGGAAUAUCAGCGAGUGGAUUGUAGAUGGUUGUUCUGUGUUAAACAGCAACAGCAGCCACACUGUGUGUUCCUGUGUUCAUCUGUCCACAUUCGCUCUCAUCAUGCAGACCAGCAGCAGUCCACCACCGAGCGAUCUGCUGGAGCUGCUGGAUCUGGUGUGUGUGAUCGUGGGUCUGGUGUUCUUCAGUUUGGCUCUGUUGUCCUUUGCUCUUUGUCAGUGGAGUCCUGGAGUCAAUAAUGUGGCUCGAAUCAACAUCUGCAUCAGUCUGCUGUCGGCUCACCUUCUGUUUCUGCUCACACAACAGUUCCUGAGCCUCAUUCGCCCUCAGCAGGUGUUGUGUGUGGCGAUAGCAGGCCUUCUGCACUUCCUCUUCCUCUCCGCCUUUGUGUGGAUGUUCAUUGAAGCUGUGCUGCUCUUCAUCUGUGUCAAAAACCUGUCACAGAUCAGCUCCAAAAAGAGGGAGGUGCUUAGCAGUGGGUUCCUGUGUGUGAUUGGAUAUGUGCUUGCUAUGGUUGUGGUGUGUGUGUCUAUUGGGCUGGUUCCAGAAGGAUACGGCAGUGAACAUUGCUGGAUUAAAACAGAUGAAGGGUUUAUCUGGAGUUUUCUGGGUCCUGUUUGUGUCAUACUAGCAUUAAACUUGAUUCUCUUCAUUAAAAUCGUCAUCACUCUGAACUCGACUCUCAAAAAUCUCAAUGCUGAAGUCUCACAGAUGAAGCAAACCAAGGUUAUGGUGUUUAAAACACUGGGUCAGUUUGUGGUUCUUGGUUGUCCUUGGAUUCUGGGUUUCUUCACUAAUAGCAGUGAGGUGCUGGAGAUCGUCUUCCUGGUCUUGAACUCUCAGCAGGGAACCUUCAUCUUCCUGAUCUACUGUGUGCUCAAUAAUGAGAUCAGGCAACAGUACAAGAACUGCUUCACAUGUCUUUGCUCUGGACAUGGUAUCAAGUGCAACAAAUAAAACCAACACUAUUUUACAGGUUAUUUUAUAUGAUACAGACUUUUUAUGUUUAUUGUAAAAUGUCUGGCAUUAACUAUCAUGUCAUCUGGGUUAUUGCUGGUGAAUGAAAAGCAUAUUGUUGCAGAUUGUUAAUAAUAUAGCAUGGCUGAUUGUUGUUAUAUAAUAAAUUUGUAAAUGGUUAUUAAAAUAAUUAAAUAUUUUCAGUUAAAUGUAGGUAAUUGUCUAAAAACAUUUAAGCUUAUGGUAAAGGGAAAUAACAUGAGUUUGCGUCAUAUGUAAUCAGAUGAUGAGUUGUGAAGUUCUUUAUUUACUGAUCUUGCAUUAUUAUAUUUUGUUUGUUGAGCUCAGAAUGCUGAUUGUGAUCAUUUCACAUUUUAAAUAUUGAUGUGCGUCAUACAAUGUCAUGUAAAUGAGUGAAUAUAUUUAAGCAGGGAGGCCACAUGUUUUCAUUUUCAUAGUGUUAUACAUUAAAAGUUAAGCUGUAAAAAGGUUUCAUAAAAUAUAUUUGCAUGUCAAGCUCGAAAGCUGUCACAGAAAAAACGAAUGUUUCAUCCACAAGGACUGUUUUAUAUUUU